AUCUCCCAAGCCCUUUUUCUUUGCUGAUAUUCUGGAAACUGAAAGUGUAUAUUUUUCAUUAAAAACAAAGGAAAUACAAAAGUUGAUAAAAAGCUUAAGAGUUUUGUUUAAAGCUUGUUUCACAGGUUUAGUGCUCAGUGGAGGCUAAGGAAAACCUCCUGUUUGUUUUACUGUAAAUUCAUUUCAGAUUGACCGUUUUCACAUAAAAAUGUAUGAGCUGGCUUCUCAAAUAAGAUAGCCCAUGGCAUCCUAGGAGCAGCAUUGCUUAAGACAUAGAUGACAUACGUUCUGAAUCGCUGUGACCUCUCCAGGCCAACAGCCCGCAACCCAGUGAUCUGCAGUGCUUGACUUCCUGCGCUGCUCGCGUGCACCAUGGAAUCCUGCCACAAAAGGGUCUGUUUAAUUAAAGAGGAGGCACAGGGCGUUCUUUCUCUGCUUGCACUUCAUCAAGAGGAAAAAUGACUCCACUUGCAAUUUUUCCCCCUCUUGCCCUUAAGUCUCUGCUUAGACUCACAGUGCCUAAAAUCACUACAAUCACCCAAAAUACCAUCCCUCUUUGGGAGACAAAGUGUGGGGGCAGCUGUUUUCUGAACGCAGUGAAUGCAGUACAGAUUUAAAAUGUGUCACACGAGUCACUGUAAUUCAGAAUAACUCAGCAGAUGAAAUAGGAACAAGACAAGCCCAAGCUGCUGUGCUCAGAAGCGGGAAGGCAGCCUCCUCCAGCAGCCCUGGCCCCAGACCCUCCUGCCGCCCCAAUUCUCUGCCCGCUCCAACUCGUGUUGCUGCACGCUCACCGCACCGCACGCCCCCAAGGCGCACCCGAAGGCCUCCCGACCGCCCGAACCCCCGGCCCGGAGCUACAACCCCCCGCACACCAGCUGGCCCGGCCCAAAGGACCGCGUACAGCAGGAAGACGGACAGGCUGCGUGAGGCACACGGUGCCAUGCUAGCCGCCGCUGGCCGUGGGCGCCCAGCAGCCACCAGGUGCCAGCCGGCAGCUCACAGCCCCAGCGGCCUGUCUGCAGGAUGGAGCACCCCGCCCCUCCGCGCAGCGCCUCACGCUAAAGGGCUUUUUCCUUACGCUCUACAUCUCCCCUCUUUUACUUUGAAGCCGUUGCCCUUCGUGCAAUCACACACACACGGCCCGGCCCGCCCCGCCUCCUCCCUCUGCGCCGCGUUCUCCCUCACGGCUUCCGCAGGACCGCCGCGCGGCCCGGCCCCGCUCUGAGGUGACGGGCCGCCGCCGUUCCGGACGCCCCGCCGGUUCCCAGGGCAACGCGCCGUGCCGCAGCGGGGGCCAUGGCGGACGGUCCGCCCGCGGCCGAGGAGCGGCGGUGGCACUGCGAGACAUAUGUGGGGCAGUUCUAUGUGAGCCAUCGCCAUGGAAAGGGCAUUUGCUACUGUCCUGAUGGCUCCCAACUCCGAGGAGCUUUCUAUCUUGGCCACGUAGAAGGCUAUGUGACCCAGGAAUGGAAGGAUGGCAGAACAUUUCAGGGACUGUACAAAUCUGACGAGCGAUUUGGACCAGGGAUUGAGAGCUAUCCAGAUGGCUGUCAGGACGUUGGCUUGUGGCUUGGAAAUCAUCUCAUUAAACUGUGUACUGAAGUACCUGGUUCUUUUUCUGUCUUGGAUUAUCCAGAGCAUUACAGAUAUUUUGAUGACAGUUCUCCAAAGAAGUAUAUUUCUGUCAAGGAAGAUCCUUUCCUCCGUAGCUACAAACAUCUUCCUUUUGAUGAUGAGGAUAUUUUCCCUGAAGGAGUCCUUGCAUAUUCUUGUAACAUGGAUCAUCUUACCUUGACUCACUCUUUCCUGGAAGAUUGUGAUGCUCAUUACUUCGAGAACACCAAAGAGCUGCCUGAAGAAGACCUCUGGCCUGUUGCAAAUGGAACUCCUUUGCUAGUUAGGAUACAAAUGCAUGCUUAUAAGCACAGGCACUCUCAAGCAGAGUUCUCUUCAGAUAUGAAGCUCAUUCUCAGAGGAGUCCGCAGUAAUUGUGGACAUCCAGGCCCCAGGGAACUUGCCUCAAAGCAGUUAAUUGAGAAGGCAGCAAGAGGAGAUUUUGAUGGAGUCUGUGCAGUUCUGAGGAAUGGAUUGGCUCAUCCAGAUGUGGCUGAUAAACAGGGAUACACUGCACUUGCUGCUGCUGCUGUUCAUUCCCACUGUGAUAUUGUGAAUCUACUUCUUGAUAGUGGAGCUGAUGUGAAUAAGUGUAGUGAUGAGGGAUUAUCUGCUCUCUCCAUGUGCUUUAUUCUCUAUUAUCCAGAAGAAUCUUUUAAGGAUAACAUUGCUGAGAGCAGCUUGCACUGUUACCAGUGGAACAAACGAUCAGAACCCUCAGAAGCGGUCAGUGUGGCUGGGAGCGUAACCUCAGAGCAACAGAAGAGAUGGGAAACAAUCCAACUGCUGCUUCGGCGAGGUGCAGAUCCCAACGUCUCCUGUGUCCCAUCACACCUUCUCUUCUUUGCUGUUAAAGCUGCUGAUGCAAAGGCAGUGAAACUCCUCUUGGAAAAGGGAGCCAGGACUGAUGUGCGGCUUCCAUCCAAGUUCCAGGGUUUAUCUCCUCUUCACAUAGCUGCCUCUAUUCCUGGGGAGGAAGGAGUCCAGAUAACAGAGUACCUCCUGAGUUCUGCCCUAGAUCUUGAUGCAAGGGCAGAAGAUGGAAAUGAGGUAUAUGGUCCAGAUGAGCCUCAAGACAAAGAAUCCAGUUUGUCAGCUGAUGUCUCUUGGCCACUGAAAAAUGAAGCAGGACCACCACAAGAGUACUUUGCCUCCUAUAACGGUCCUGUUCCAGAAGAAGGUGGGAGGAGUGCGCUGCAUAUUGCAUGCCAAAGAGAGGGCAACAGUGAGCAUGCCAGAGAUGUUAUCCGCCUCCUUUUGAAGCACAAGGCAAACCCAAACACGCUGUGGAGCGGCCAUUCGCCACUUUCCUUAGCGAUUGCCAGCGGCAAUGACUUGGCAGUGGUUGAACUCCUCAAACAUGGGGCUGACCCAAAUCUGCCACUAAGUGGAGCCGUGGAAAGUGCCCUCUGUGCAGCUGUCAGUACCGCAUAUGAACACCAGAGAACAACAGCACAGAGGAUUGCUUUGGUUGAUAAGCUGCUUGAAGCUGGCGCAGAUAUCCUUGCACCAGUGACUCUUCAGGAGGGAAAGAGAAAAGCUGUGGGAACUGCUGUUGACUUUGCCUAUUAUAAAUAUUAUCAGUGGAUUCAGCCAUUCGUGUAUGUGCUUCAAAGAAAAAAGAGAGGAACCAUCAUGAGGAACAGGGAAGUCUUACCAGCUGCAGUUGCCUUUUUUCUCUGUCCUGAUCACAUCACUCCAUCUUCAGACUCUACCACAAGAGUCGGCAUAAUAUUCAGUCAUCUUGUGGGAGCAGCAUAUCUGCAUCUUUUAAACUCAGUCAUCAGUACCAUAGAGUACCCUGCAAAUGCUGAGAAAUACGCAGCCAUGCUUUCCAUUUUGAUACAGGAAUUUGAGAAGAUGUUUUAAGACUGUCAAGAAAAAACAUUUUUUGGUGUGUAUUUGGGACUCCAUUUUCAGUUGACACGAACACAUGACAUGCAAAUUUUCAAAUGGAAUGUGUAGAUUUGCAAUCAGAUAUUCAGCUGGAAGAAAAAUCUGAUCUCAUCUUUACCAAAUGUUAUAAGCCCUCUCUUACCAGAGAGAAAACGCCCCACUUCACAAUCAGCCUUAUUGAUGUCAUUGCUUUUUGGCAGUACAUACUUUUAUGAACAGCUGUUCUCAAGGGUACAAGAAGAGUAAAAUGAGAUUAAAUAUAUCUGAGGACCAAGAGAGCUAAAUGAGAACUGCAGCUACUGCCACUCAACCAGACUGACAUUAGUUGCAGAAAAACAAGAUCGCAUAUCCCACUAGUUUUACGGCUUUGUAGCUUUCUCAUUUUAUGUUUUAAUAAAGAAAAUAAAUUCUGUUGCCCAUAUACUUUAGAUUGCAUCUGGGGACUGCUCUGAAAGUACUGCCUCCUGUUUUAUGUUUGCCCACAAGACCAGUAACAGAUGUUGGUGGGAUGGCAGCAGAGGCCAAACCUUCCCAUCAAUAAACUAUUGUGUUGUUGCUGUGUGACAGAUGGCAGCAGAGGGGCAGUGUGACAGAAUGGUGCAUGACAGGGGAGUGUGUAUGGAGCAAACAUGUGGAAUUGAAUUCCUCUGUGCAGAAAAAAUGCCAGUGAGUGCCAUUCAUUGAUGCUUGUGAACAUUGAUGGAGACCAACCAGUGGAUGUGAGCAGUGGAUGUGAGCACAGUGAGGGGUGGGUGGUGCAUUUCAGCAGUGGUGGCAGUGACAGUGGUCACCUCUACCAGUGCAGCUUUAUACAAGCACAGCAUACAGGUUCUUGUUCAUCACUGGUAAAAAUGCAGAGCUAAUGGUGGUGACUAUGUUGAAAAUUUGUGUUUUGUAGCUGAUAAUUUGUUCUAUCAAACAGUGUUACUGUGCUCACUGUAUCUGUUGUAGAUUCCAGGGAAAUAAAUAGGAGGCAUUACUUUUGGAGCAAACGACAUAUUUUAUAUGUGGCCCCAGACAAUUCCUCUUCACUUAGCGUGGCCCAGGCAAGCCAGCAGGUUGGACAUGUGUCCAAUGUGUCCAGCAUGGGCAUAAAAAGAACAGAAAAUCUGGAAGGUUGAAGCACACAAAGAUCUUACAAAGUCAGCAAUGACUUACUGACAGAGGUGAAGUGUUAGUGCAACCUGCUUGCUGCUGUGCAGGGAUAAAGCAGUGUUUCUAAUAGAGUCUGUAUCACGUAGCUGGAAGGCUGUAAUAAAUUGGUAGCAUAUAAAAUAUAUUCAGUAUUGCCUGUGAAAGCUAUGAUGUAUUCAGAUGUAUCUUAGCUUUUAAGAAAAUUCUAUCACAGGAAUGAAAGGUUUUGCAUGAACAGCCUUUGGCUUUAGCUUACAUCUAGUCCUGUCAGAUUUCACAAGCACAGAACUGUUUGGCUUGGACAGGUCAUGCUAAGGAGUUGUGUGCUGUAAAGAGUUCCUAAAUUUUUAAAGAACCUGUAAGAGCAGAGCCCAGCUUGCAAUUAGAUCUAACAGUCUGCUUCCUAGUCCCACCAGCAGCCUCAGCCCAAGUACUCUUUGUUUUAUAUUUCAACUGCAGAAUAAUUGUCAGGACUAAGGCUAGAAAGAACAGUAAUGUACUUCUGUUU